CCUCCAUACAUUCCAAGGAUGGCAGGUUACAGUGGUAGACCAGACGAAGGUGUAGAUGUCCCAUUUCGCCCGUAUUUAUCGCCAUAUCCCCCGCCCCCGCAGUCAUCCACACGGUACCGCUCACCAGGAGCCAGCGGAGAGGCUACUCCCCCGUCUUCAGCGCGGUCAUUUUUAGCUUUUGUAUGUCUAGGAUUGUUACGUUUUCAAUGCAGAUAGAUAUGGAUACACACUUGCUUGAUUGCUAGCCGGGCGCCCUUUGGAUUGACUAUCCCUGCGGUAAUAACACGGCGGUACGGUAGCUUAGGCGGCGGACCCAAGGAAUGUGCAGGUUUCUAUCGCUGCAAGUGUGUUUGUGGCUCCGGGUGUGGUGCUAUUGUUGUCAAUCUGAAUUUUACACCGCGGUUGUUCAGACCGAAUAACCAGAGACUCGUGGGAAAUAAAUUGUUCGACCGGGCCCCCUUGGCGCACUAUAUCUCUGCCAUGCUAGUGUUGAUAAUAGAUACCGUUCCCCGCCCAGAGGCAUAUAUUCUGGAAAAAUCUGGAUGCUAAUAUGCGGUUCUCAGUCAUCACCACAACUCCCCAAUCGUUUAACACUCUGAGUAUUCACAAGUUAAAUAUCGACUGAGGUGAGAUCCUGGCGCUAUAUCACUCAUUUCAAAGCCAGAACUGACCACCGCGAAAGGUAUCCGCAAGACUGGGAUCAUCUACUUUGCCGUGUUUGCCUUUGCCCUAAUACCAAUACUUCUGAUCGGCAACCUCAUCCCUUCCAACACUCCACGCCAGAAUUUUGAAAAGCGGGGAGACUUGAUGGAAAAAACCUUGACUGUCCUCUUCGCUUCCGGUAUUCUCGGCUAGUGUUGUGCACGAGCCGAGCCGGGCUCGAGCCCUUCGAGCCUGGGGGGCCUCGAGCCAAGUGGACUCGAGCCUAGGUGGUCACUAGGCGCGAGCCGGCUCGAACAGGGGUCCACGAGCCGACUCGAGCCAGGAAUUGGACUCGGUGAUAGUGGGAAGGUCAUUUGGCUAGUUGUAUUUGUUUUCAAGUUGCUAUAUACAAUUUUUGGUUGAUUUGAGUGAUAAUGGCAGUGUGUAGAGGUAUCGUGGCCACUUUAGACUCAAGCCUCUUGGCGGCUCGAGCCGGCUCGUGAACAACACUAUUCUCGGCACUCCCCCCGUGCCAUUCUCAAGCUCCAGAUAGUGUCAUAUAGUGUUCACACUGACCGAAACAGCGUUAUCCACCGCUCUUCAUGCAGAAAAAUCAGUCAUGCGCCGGCGGGUUAUGCAUCCGGGUUGGUUCAAUAACCGCGCGUCAAUACAUGUAUCCACA